AUGUUGAAGAUGGGCGUGGCCUGUGAGGAGAUGCACAAUGGGACGACAAACCAGACGUGCGUGCGGAUCGAAAACAGUCCGAUUAGCGACAUGCUAAUGGCUUUCUACAUCGUCGCCUUCGUGCUGGGUCUCGUCUUCAACCUGCUGACGGCCUGGCCCGUUAUCCAGCAGGUCCGCGGCAAGAACGUGCUGGGCGUCUACCUGCUCAGCCUGUCCAUCUCGGACGUGCUCUACAUCCUGACCAUGCCGCUGUGGGUCCACUACUUCCACAAUGACCACCAAUGGAAGCUCGGCCCGAACAUGUGCAAGCUGGCCGGCUUCGUCUUCUACUCCAACACCUACAUCAGCAUCUACCUGCUGUGCUGCAUCUCCGUCGACCGCUGCCUGGCCGUCACGUUCCCUCUAAAGACCAAGACGUUCCGCAGGUACAGGUACGCCUGGGUCACCUGCGGCCUCAUCAUCGUCUUCAUCAUCAGCCUGCACGUCGUGGUGGCUAUAAUGGACGAGGUGAAUGAGCCGCUGGACAAGCACCUCCGCUGUUAUGAGACGUACCCGAUGACCAGGCAGGUGGCGCUGUUCAACCUCCUCCGCGUGGUGAUCGGAUUCAUCCUGCCGCUCUUGGUGUUGGCCGUGUGCUACUGGCAGAUCCUGAGCAAGGUGAAGCUGAGUGUGGGUUUGGACGAACAGGGCAAGCGUAAGGUGAAGCUGCUCUCCAUGGGCGUCCUCGGCAUCUUCUCCAUCUGCUUCGCCCCGUAUCACAUCCAGCUGCUCGUCCGUUCCGUCGCUUUCUUCAGGCUGGACUGUGCAGACUAUUGCAGUUUUGAGCAAGCACAGCACUUUUAUUUCUCCGGCAUGUUGGUUCUGUCCAGCCUGAACAGCGUGGUGGACCCUGUGCUGUAUGUUCUGGUCAGUAACGGGAUGAGGAAGAGCGUCGUGCUAUGCUGCAGGAGAAACAAGUCACGAGUCCCUCGGAGCCUAGACCUGGACCAUUAACUAAAAAUGUGAAUUAGGGAUCAUCAUCAUGAAUCCAGACUUUUUGAGGGCCAAUGCUGAUACGUUACAACAUCACGUCCUUACAGUCUACAAUAAUGCAAAUCUGACCUGAAUCAUUUUCAUGAAUCGACUCUUUGAAUUGACUCUCUACGCCAAUUCGAUCAAGAUGUAAACAUGAGAACCGAACUGUGCCUACAAAUAUUAUAAAUAAUACACUUGAAUUUUGUAUUAGUGUUCAUUUAGAUCAGAUCUAGAAACAACCCAGAACUAAUCGGUUCGCAUCUGUACAGAUCUGUUGUGUGCAUCGAUUCCAUGUCGGAUGUCGGAUGUGUGUGACUUCAUGCAUCAUUAUUCCAACUUUUAAUGUUUUAACUCUAUCAUGCAUUUAAUGCACAUCAGUAAUAUUUACUCAUAUUCAUCAUGGUCGUUAGUAAUGGAACAAAUCACAGUUAGAAACAUGCAAACUCCACACAGAAGAACUCACAGUCGGGGAAUCGAACCCAGGACCUUACAUGCUGUGAGGCGACAGCACCACCGACCGAGCCACAAAUUUAAACGACAUUAUAAAACUUUCUACAGCAUAAAAGGAACCAUCAAAUCUGCUGUUGUUCAGAAAACCACAACAAAUGUAUAUGAUAAAUGUACGUAAUAAAUUAUAUAUAAUAAAUCCCACCAGAUGUGGUCAGAUUAGGUCCCAUGAGAAGAUGAGUUACAGAAUUAAUGUGCAUUACAGGUGUAUGUGAACAUGUGCUGCACUUUGUGUUUAGCUGUGUUUUCUGUAUUUUGAUGAUGUAUUUUUGUGAUAACUGAUGCA